AUGGACGUGGGCGUAGGCCGCAAGACCCUUAUCAAGGUUUUUCAUCAAGGCGGCCAAGGUGUCCGAUACAUCCACUAUCGAGGCUGGAUUCAACGUGAUCUCAAGCCUACACAUACCCUCGCCACCCGACGAGACCCCCUGCACAUGGGCAUUGGAGGACCACUUGACGGAGGAUGCGAAGUCAACCCUGUCGGCCAAUAUGAACUGGUCGUUCAAAAUCUGAUGUCUUCAGCUGCCGGCUCGCACACCAGACCAGACCGACUGCUCCAGAAUCAUUACUCAACGACACCUCCAAAGAGUCGAAAGGUAGUUCAACUGAGUUUUCGAGCACGUACAGGUACAGAUACACAGACGAAUCUUUCGACGACGGGAGGCAACGGCAUCAAGGAGUCCACGGUCGCUGAGCAAGGCGUCGUGUGCAUGGGUUACAGCAAGGACAAGUUGACGUCGUUGAUGGAUUCAGAAGAAACGCAGAUCGUCUUGCUUUUAUGGGAAAAGGCCUCGGAAUGUAUGGAAUGCGAACAGAUGCGGUACUAUCGACCCUUUUAUCAUUGGACGCUGAUUGAAUCCGAUUCCGACAAGUUGAGGAUAUUCGUGCUUAACUCCCCCUGGAGCGUCGAAGUGUCACGAUAUUCCGCUUGUCAAAAGGACGCCAUUGAACUCAUGAUCCAAAUUCUCCAGUUGUCGAAGUUGUCUCAAGAUUUCUGUGAUCAUGGGAUCCGGGUCCGCGCCAUCCAGACUUUGACAGUGACCGGGCUGAUCAAUAACGUUCUUUAUCUUCACUGCGUCAUGAACCCGGGUUGCAGGACUCACAUCGCGCUGGACGAAGGAAUGCUUUUAGCUCCUACACAACGGGGUAUCGAUCAAGCAGCAGUGUUCUGA